CAGCUGUGGUAAAUGUCAGUAAUAAAUAAAUCAAUAAGUAUAUACAUACAGUACGUCCAUACAAGUGUACUGAAAAUGUCCUCUAAAAAGGACCAAUCAGACAAAAGUGAGAGGGCGGAACCAAGCAAGUUAGGUUGUCACUUGUCACUGUCUGUGGGUAAAUAACAAAUAAGCACCAUAACCACCCACAUUUAUCUGUUAUCUGUCCUGGCUGACUCUACUCACAAAAGCAGAGUGACGCAAGUGUGCCGGGAGGCCAACGAGGGGCUGGCCUCAGGAUUUUUCACAAACAACGGAGAGUCCACACCUACCAUGCCCGGGCUGCUGCUCUAAUAGCCCGGGCUUCUGCUAUCACAGCCCGGGACACCUGUGCUUUUAUUAGCCUGGACUUCUGUCUGCUUGGACAACAACAGUGUGGUUAACCAGGGCUCCCAUAGUUCUGUCGUUUUUUUACGUUGACGUUACCCAGGAGCUCAUGCUUUCUCACAGGCGUGUGCUCUUUUAGCCAGGGUUUGUCUCAGAGAGGAGCAGCUGUAGCUCUUAGCAUUAGCAAUUAUCUCUCGCGGCUAACUGGCGGACUAACCAACUGUUGUCGCAGUGAAACGUCAACCAAGGGGCUUCUAUUUGAGAUUUUUUGCCGAGGAUUCUGCAACGUCUUUAUAUUCAGGGGGAUUUACAAACACGAAGGUUUCUGUGCCACUGUGCUUACCGCUGGUCCUCUCCAUCCCUGUCGAAGCUUCCGAGGUUAGCAGCGGCUGUAGCCCUGAUGUGUGACAGUUAACGACCAUCCUCACGCCUCGGUUUCUAGCUUCGGCCGCAACAAGAGCAGCAGAGUGGAGCAUGCAGGCGGAGGAACCAGCUAAGAUAAGAAGAUAGGAGUGGACACCAGAGAGAGGACAUCAAGUUGAACUGGACUGUGUUGUUGCAUUAAACAAACAAGUUCACAUUUACUUGUGGAUAAAUAAAAAGGAAUUGGAACAAUGAAGAAGUUUUCCAGAAUGCCAAAGUCUGAAAGUGGUGGACUCAGUGGGACGUCCAGCUCCGGAGUCAACAGCUAUCUGGGAAAAGUGUUUGCAGUGGGUCGCUACCAAGUCACUGUAGAGGAGCUCAUAGCAGAAGGUGGAUUCUCGGUGGUGUUUCUGGCGCGUGCUCACAGCGGCGUCCGCUGCGCUCUCAAAAGAAUGUACGUCAACAAUGUGACCGACCUAAACAUCUAUAAGAGGGAGAUCACUAUCAUGAAGGAGUUGUCUGGACAUAAGAACAUCGUGGGAUACUUGGACUCCACCAUCAGUGCGGUGUCAGACAGUGUGUGGGAGGUUCUGAUCCUUAUGGAAUAUUGUAAAGCUGGACAGGUGGUGAAGCAAAUGAACCAGAGGUUGAACGUUGGCUUCAGCGAGUCCGAGGUUCUCCACAUCUUUUGUGACACUUGUGAAGCAGUGGCUCGUCUACACCAGUGCAAAACGCCCAUCAUCCACAGAGACCUGAAGGUUGAAAACAUACUGCUGAAUGAUCAAGGAAACUAUGUCCUCUGUGACUUUGGCAGUGCCACUCACAAAGUUCUACUGCCACAUAAAGACGGAGUCACUGCGGUGGAAGAUGAGAUCAAGAAGUACACGACUCUGUCGUAUCGAGCUCCAGAGAUGAUCAACCUGUACGCAGGAAAAGCCAUCACCACUAAAGCUGAUAUUUGGGCUCUAGGUUGCUUGUUGUACAAGCUGUGUUUCUUCACCCUUCCAUUUGGGGAGAGCCAGGUGGCCAUAUGUGAUGGAACCUUUAUUGUUCCUGAUAAUUCCAAAUUCUCCUUCAAGUUGCACUGUUUAAUAAGAUACAUGCUCGAACCAGAUCAAGAGAAAAGACCAGAUAUUUACCAGGUUUCCUACUUUGCCUUCAAGUUGGCCGGAAGAGAUUGCCCUGUGCCAAACCUCUGUAACUCUCCAAUCCCAACUUCUCUGCCAGAGCCUCUAACAGCUAGUGAAGUUGCUGCCAAGAAAAGUACCACCAAAGCCAGGAUAACUGACUCGGUGGGUCCAACAGAGACAUCGAUUGCUCCCAGACAGAGACCAAAGGCAGCCAAUAGUAAUGUCCUGCCGCUGCCCAACACCGUCACACCUGUGAAGAUGACCGUGCCUUCAGCUCCCGUCAGCAACGGACAGAAAGCACCAACUCCGGGCUCAGUGCAGCCAUCUGUGCAGCCAAAGCCCAACAAUCAGCAGCACCGAGUCCUGCAGCAGCUUCAGCCUGGAGACCUGCGCCUGCAACAGCUGCAACAUCAACAUCAACAUCAACAAGCGCUACAACAGCAGCAACAACAUGCAAAUACACAGCAGCUCCAGUACUUGCAGUAUCAGCAGGCCAUACAGCUACAGCAACAGCAGCAGCAGAUAAUGAUGCAGCAGCCGAUGUAUCAGCAGCAGGUCGCACAGUACGCGGCCAUGCUGCACCAGUACCAGCAGGCUUUUGUCCAACAACAGCAACAGCAGCAGCUUCAUCAACAACAAAAACAGCUUUAUCAUCAUCAUGAACAGCAGCAGCAUCAUGCCUCUCAACAGCCUCUCCCCUACAUCUCCUCCCCACUCGGCUCCUAUUUCAGCACCACCACACCCUCUGCUAGCCCUGGAUCUGGACUUGGAACUGCUCAGAUGAGUGGACUCUCACCUGUGGACCCUACAUUCAUUAACUCUAGAAACCCUCUGGUGGCAUCAGAUGCCAUCAGUCCUCCCUCUCAGAGCUGUGGACUCAGUAAUCCUCCAGACAUGUCAGGCUGGAACCCCUUUGGAGAAGACAACUUCUCUAAAUUGACGGAGGAGGAGCUGAUUGACCGGGAGUUUGACCUCCUAAGAGCCAAAAAACCAGCUGAGAGAACCAUGAGUGUGGAAACCGACCAACCACUGCCUGCCCUAUCUGCCACUAAGCCCCUCCCACCUGAGGACCUGUUUGGCUCUGUCCCUUUUGUGGCCAACACAGCUUCCAGUCUGAAGAUGACUGAACAAAUCAGUGAUGACGUUUUUCCUGUUCCUGUACCUGUGGCUUCCAUUGUACCUACUGCCACAGAUGAUCCUCCUUCCCCUGCUGCCAAGGAGCACAAACCGAGCAGGAAGAGCAGCGAUCGACCUGGAGAAGAGUCUGACAGCGACUUUGAAUCAGAUCCAGCUUCACCUAAAAGCAGUGAGGAAGAAGAGGCUGAGGAGGAAGAAGGAGAGGAGGGGGAGGGGCUGAACAGUGAGCAUGGAGAAGAUAAUGAACCAGAAAAUCUGGGCCAAAGACCUUUACUCAUGGACUCUGAGGAGGAGGGCGAUGAGGAGCACAGCUCCGACUCAGACUGUGAUCCCAGCAAAACCAAGAGCAGCUCAAAGAAACCUGGGAAAUCUGCUGCUACUGCCACCACCAGAAGGAUGAGCCCUCAAGUCCAUUCCUCGACCUCUCUGAUCACACCACCUGAGUCGCCUGCCGCAGCUCAAGCUACAGCAAGAGACGUGGAUGUUUUUGGAGCCAUGCCAUUCGUCAGUGGUGUGUCUUCUGCAGAGCCUUCAGAAGCCGCUGACAUCUUCGCCAAAGCGCCAUUCAGACAAGUUAGCCACGAGAAACACAUUGGUGUAAAGGCUGAUGAGUUUGAUGUUUUUACCAAAGCACCAUUCAGUCGAAACCUGUCAAAGCCUGGAUGCAGUAGCAGUGACAUACCUGUGGGGCAAACACCGCCCCUCUCCCCUGAGAGCAUUGACAUCUUUGGCUUCUCUCCCUUUCAACCCAGCUCAACGGCGCCCCCUCCAGUCACUUCCAGGAGUGCAGAUGAUAUCUUCCACCCAAGCUUUGAGGAAUCUUGGAGUCCUCAGCAACAGCGGCUAAAACAGCGCAGCCUCCAGAAGCUCUCAUCUCGUCAGAGAAAGACCAAAACUGAGGCUGCUGCUGGCAAACGGCACCAUGGUACACCCACAGGGGGGCGCAAGAGCAACAAACCCACAUACCGAACGCCAGAGCGAGUCCGCCGCCACAAGAAGGUGGGACGCAGGGACUCACAGAGCAGCAAUGAAUUCCUAAGCACCUCUGAUUCUAAGGAGAACAUCAGCUUGGACUUCACCAUGACAGACAGUAAAGACAAGGCGGGCUCUCUGCCAGCUGACGACACCCUAUUGGACCCGUUUGGAGCCAAACCGUUCCACCCUCAGGAUGGCUGUCGGCAUCAGGGAAAUGGUGAUGGGAAGAACGACAUGAGUGCAGCCAACAGCAAGACGUGGACGGGGCCUUUAAGUGAGUGCAGGAUCAUGGACGACUUUGGUGCAGUGCCUUUUACAGAACUGGUUGUCCACGGCGGACCACAACAGCAUCAGCAGGGGAUGACCUCACAGCCGCUAGAGCUGGACCCAUUUGGAGCGGCGCCGUUUCCCUCGAAACAGUGAGGAUCUUCCCAAAUCCUUUUCCCAAUGAAAUGUUCAUGUUUUCACACAACCACGGUUUAGUGAGGUUAUGAAGCAUACUGUAUGUAACAUUUUCUUACAGCUCUAACUUUGAAUGAGAAAAAAACCCAGUGGACUGAGCGCCAAACGUCUGCUGAAGCCUUUCGUGCUGCAACGAACCAUAAGAAAACAGGAAAAUCAUACUGUGAUUAAACGCUUCGAUGAGAGGUCUACGUGUUCUAAUGUGAGGUUGUACUGUAUGUGGUACUGAACCACAGCACCUCCUGCUGCUGAAACUGGCCACCUUAAAGAAUAAAAUUCCACAGGGAAAAGAAUUUGUAGCCAUUUACAGUGGACUUUUUGGUCAACACUUCACACUCCCCUGACCAAAGACCUGAAAGACAAUGAGUGAUUUGAGCUGAUAGCUGAUGCAGGAGCUGCUGGUCUGCUGCUGCCUCCUGUGGUCAGUUUGUGUCACAGAAUAAAUGCCAAUGAAAGAUUUCAUUACGUCUUUCAUUACUUGAUAUUCAUUUUCAGAUGACAUAGCAGCAGUUGAUCUACAGCUCAAGCCACUCAUUGUCUCUUGGGACUCUGGUGUAGUAGAACAUGUGAAUCAAAUGUUCCUCAGCUCUGAUACUGCGUGUACUUCUACUUACAUUUCCAGAUACCUGAUUAUUUUCUCCAAACAUUUUUUUAAAUAUAUAUAUGGAGCUGUUUUUGCCUUUUCAUGAUUGUUUUGUUGUCAGCACCCUGAAGCCUUAGCUGAGCUUAAUGUUGAAGCUUUGCCGUCACUUUAGUGUCACAGGAAUCCCAUUAGAAAUGACUGUACCCACUCUGCAUUUUAUGUGGUUUGAAUUCCUGUCUAUGCAUCACCGUCACAGCAACUACGUCUGUGUGUUCUUACCUGGACGACUGAGAAGGGAACCAAUCUUUUAUCCUACUUCCUUGAGUAAAUUUUAGGCAAUGAUCUGUUUACUUUUUUAAAAAAAAAAAACUGAUUGUUUUAUGUGCUAUUAAA